ACCGUCAACAUUUGAUUGAUUGUUUUGAGCUAAAAAAUUUGAAUUUAAAACUUUAAAAAAAAAAAUUUUUCUAUAGAAACAAUAUUCGUUAUCAAAAUUCAUUAUGCCACAACAUCGAUCAAACGUACAUCUUUAUUAUCAAUUUAAAAAUCUUCGAAAACAAAUUAAUCAACAAUCAUUGAUUAUAAAUAAACUAUUUCAUUGGAUAAGGAAAAAAUCAUUGGAUCAACAGCUAAGUGAAGAAUCUCAAUCAUAUUUAACUGUGUUGAAAUUGAUUGCACAGCAAAAGUGUUCACUUCCACCACAAAAAGAUGAUGCACAAAAAUUUGUACAAAAUUUAUCCAGUUUAUUUUUCGAAUCAUUAUCAAAAACAACGGAAAUUUCAUUGCCAAAUGAUACUGAACAAAUUAAUCAACAAAUAAAAUUAGCAUUAAAUCAUUGUUCACAAUCGAAUGAAUAUGAUUUUACGAUCAAUAAUGAUGAUGAUGAUCAAUUAUUAUGUGAUGAAGAUGUUUGCCAAAAUGUUGAAUCAAAUAAUGAUGGAAAUAAUUGUUCAACAGUAAACGAUUCAAAAGUGAUUGAUAAUGAAUCAACUAUAAUUAUCGAUAAUAAACAAUCAAUCAAUUCUGGUGAUGAUGAGGAUAAUGAACCAAAUUUAACAUUUAUCGCUAAUGAUCAGACAAUUAUUGAACAAAAAUCUAUUGAAAAUCAAAAUGAUAAAGAAGAAGAAGAAGAAGAAAAAAGAGAAAGUUUAUCCGAUUCUUCCAUAUUAUUAAGUCCAUUAUCAUUUCGUCGACCAUUAUCAACAAUAAGACCAAAUUUUAAUGAUUUUAUAACAAAUAAAAAUGGUGAUUUAAUGGAAAAUUAUCCAUUAACUGCAUCAACACCAAUGAUUAAUCGAAAUAUUAAUAGAAAUUUUGAUUCAAUUUCACGAAUUAGUAUCAACAACAAUACCGUAUUAUCAUCAUCAUCAUCAUCAAAUCCAACAAUGUUUUCAAAUUCAAAUGAUAAAACAAUUAUAGCAAAUAUUAGUUCAUUGAAUGAACAAAAUUCUUUAUCAUCGAAAAAUAAUAAUAACAACAGCUCAUUUAGCAUAAUGGAAAGAUAUCAAUCAAAAAAGAAAAUUUUAAAUUCUCAAAAU